CCCACUCUGCGAAUAGUUGGUAUGUCAGAUCUGAGAAAUGUAAACACCUAAACACCGUUGGAACGGAUCGAAAUUGAAUUUAUUUUUCUUGACAAGGCAGAUGACACUGUCGCAGCAUUGCAGAUGUCCUAUGAAUGAAAACAAAUGUUGAAACAAAACUAGUUAUAGUGUGUCAUGCAUCAAACCUAAAUAAAGUCUGCUGGGGAUGUCUUCAAGAAUGGCAACAACAAAGAAAUCCACAUCUAGACGUGGAAAGGGUUUACCAAGGCGAGCUCAAGACUUGAGUAAAGAGGAACUCCUUCUCACUCUUCAGAAGAAAAGAGAAUGCAAUGCCAAAGCUUUGAAGAUUGUGGAGGGGAUGCUGGAACCUGAUGUCAAGGAAGAUUGGUUCCUAGAUGUCCUGCAGCACAUCAACCAAAGCCAUUUACUAGAUAUAAUUGAAGAACGAGCUAUCACCAAGCUUUGUGGAUAUCCACUGUGCUCUAAUGAGCUUAAGGAUAUUCCCUCUCAGCAGUACCGCAUAUCGACCAAAUUAAACAAAGUUUAUGACAUUAAAGAAAGAAAGAACUUUUGCAGCAAUAAUUGCUUCAAGGCUUAUAAGUUCAUCAGAGAUCAAAUGCAUACCAGUCCGUUGUGGCUCCGAGAUAUUGAACCGGUUAUCAAGUUUUCAUUGAUGCCUUCGUCUGAAUCAGGGGAAGGAGCAGGAGAUGAGGUAAAUGUCCAGGUUGAGAGAGUCACCAAGGAAGAAAUCAAACAACUGUCUGGGGAGGAGCUCAAAACGUCCUCGUCGACAUCUCAAAAAUCACUUGCAGACGUCCUUCAUGAUUUACAUACAGUUACUGCACUUAGAGCAGAGAAAACAUCAAAGCUACAGGAACUUUUUGUCAAUGAUAAACAAAAUGUGGAUAAUGAAGAAGAGACUGCUUGUGUUGCAAUUGAAAAACCCAUCUCUAAGGUAAAAGAAAACACAAAAUCUUCAUCAAAAUAUGCCGAAAAAAUACGAGUAAAAGAAGAAGAAACCUGUACCAUAACUCAAGAUACCACAAAUAGCAUCUGUCCAGAUGUAAACUUAAAUACAAUGAAAAGUGGUGAAAUUUUGUCAGGAGUUGAAGAAAUUAGCAUCAAUGAGCUGUCUGAUAGAAAAAACAUUUGCCAGAAAUCUAUUGCAAGUGCAAGAAUAGAAUGUUCUAAAAAGCUUGCUGAUGAUAAUUCCAUUCAUCCAGUUCAUAAGGUAGACAAGAAGCAAAAGGAACAAAUCAUUCCUCAGAGAGACGUUCUGAACAGUGUAGAUAUGGAAGGUGACUCUGUGAAAAGUGAAGAGAUUGCUACUGGUUACAAACCCUCUGUACCUGAAGAAGGUGAAAACCAGCGGAAGUUUGAAUCCAAGGCUGUUCUAAAAGCCGAAAGAACUCAACAUUUUUCAGAAAAAAAAGUAAGGCAGCAACAAGUUAAUUCGAGCUUCCCACACCAUAAGUUACCCUCAAUUGUAUCACAUGUGGAAAAAUGUUUAGAAGAAUGGUUCACUAUGGAUACCAUGUGCUUUUUGUUUGGGGAGACUGCUCUCAAAGAUAUGUUAGAACAAAAAGGAGAGAGUAUCCAAGCUCAUUAUAAUGCUCUUGGAACGGUCACAUGGGAUCAAGAAAAGCAUGAACGUUUCCUUGCAAUUUGUAAACGCUUAAGUCUAUUGGACAUUGAAGACAGCAAUUUUGACAACCAAGUACGGAAUGAGGCUGAGAAGCGGAAGCCCUUGCCAGAUUACAAUGCUAUAAAGAAAGAGGCUGAGACAAUGGAACUGAAAAUAAAGGCUUUUUAUAGUGGAAAUAUGGAAAUGGAAGAAAAGAAGGUAUCAUUUGCCAAGGAUACUAUUAGUGAUGGCAAUAAUAUUGAUGAAUGCCAAUCUCAAAUUCCUCUUGUACACAUACAUUCUCAAAGAGCAUUAAGGAAAAAAAUUGUUCUGAAUGGCCUCAAUAGAGUGUUGCCAGACUUCUUGCGUACUUUUGGCUUGAGGCCAAGUGAAAUGACAGCAUCAAUUCGUGGUCUUGUUGGCACAUUUGCUUUAUCUUCCACAAAUAUAACUUUCAAACCUCAGGAGUGGAGUCUUCUUGGACUCAUUGUAAUUAAGUUGUUGGCCCUGCGAGAACCUGAACUGAAACAUUGUUUGCAACUUGAGCAAUCAAACACUUACCUAACAUUAAUGCUUAUGAGCUACAAGCAAGAGCCUGGAUAUCUUGAACAUCUUCUGUCAUGGCUCACUGACAUUGACAAGCUACUUGCUCGCCCAAAGGUUCCAGAAGAACAGAUUUAGGUGAUAGUUAACGUUAUGUAUAGCAUUUUAAUAGGGUGACUGUUGAUAUUUUGUAAAUAAAAAUCAGAAAAUAUGAGAA